AUUGUUUCCCUAAUUAUCAUGUCUUGGUUCCUAAAUUUGUUUUCAGGUUGGUACAUUCAGGGCCUGGGAAGGGCUCCCCGCAGUCUGGGGUAGAUUUAUCCUUUGCCACUCGAACAGGUACACAACAAGGGAUUGAGAGCCAUCUCUUCAAAACUGAGACUAGCAGAGACCUUUCACUGUGGACUCGGAGCCUAGUUCAAGGUUGCCACAAUGCAGCUGAGCUCUCCAUGGAAGUCACAACAGCUUGCACGUACAGAAACCAGGAGUGCCGUUUGACCAUCCAUUAUGACCAUGGAUUCUCCCUUACAACUGAACCCCAAGUUGGUGCCUUUCCCAAAACUAUCUUCCAGUAUCCCUACGAGAAGCUAAAAUCAUCAUCAGAUGAUGGGAUUCGGAUACUCUACUUGGACUUUGGAGGAAAGGAAGGUGAAAUUCAACUGGACCUUCAUUCCUGUCCAAAGCCAAUUGUAUUCAUCAUUCAUUCAUUCCUUUUUGCCAAGAUUACAAGACUUGGAUUGGUAGCAUAAAUUGUGUCUAUCAAUAGCAAGAACAAAAAAUGGAACUACUCCAAUCCAAAUGUCCAACAUGUUGUCAACACUGGGAGCUACUAGGAUAACAUAUAACUAUUCUGCAGAUGACCUGAAGCUCAAAUUGGGGGCAAAGUCAAUGUUUUGAUCAAAUAUAAUAGGGCUCUGAAGAAUAAAAGUUAUCAGAAACAGGAGUAUUUGCUUCAACUAAAACACGUUGCAAGGGAAACAACAUUGAUUGCUCUCAAUAAAGCCGAAAUUGAGUAA